AUGCACAUCAAUGCUGGAGCGCUGCACUAUGGGGUGUCCGUCUUUGAAGGCAUGAAGGCCUUCGCGUGCAAGGACAACAAGAUCCGGCUGCUGAACCCGGCGCUCAACGCGGCGCGCAUGCAGAAGGGCGCGGACGCGCUGCUGAUGCCACAAGUGCCUACGGACAUGUUCGUCAACGGCGUGAUGGAAGCUGUCCGACGAAACCGAGAAUUCGUCCCGCCGUACGGCCGCGGGACUGCAGAGCAGAUGCUUUCGAGGUGCUUCAGGACAUGCAACAAUGCCUCCAUGUACAUCCGGCCCUUGCUCUUCGCCAGCGGUCAGAUGUUAGGUUUGGCGCCCUUGGCAAACGAGUACACCUUCUUCGUGACAGUCCUUCCAGCUGGCGGCUACUUCGGGAAAGGCAGCGAGGUCGGGGUGAAGGCUUUGGUGAGCAGCAACCACGACCGCGCCGCCCCAAAGGGCCUUGGCUCUGUGAAGGCAGCGGGCAACUACGCCGCCGACCUCUCCCCAGUGCACCAGGUGGGUUUGCCAAAUUUGUGUGGUACUCGCUGA